UGCGCCCUGCUGCUGCUGCAGCUGGCAGGGAGAGCCCUCAGCUCGGAGGCGCCCGGUGCUUCCGCCGAGGGCUCGGCGGGGCUUGGGGUCGGCCUAGGAGAUCGCUUCAAGAUUGAGGGGCGCGCGGUUGUCCCCGGAGUGAAGCCUCAGGACUGGAUCUCGGCGGCCCGAGUGCUGGUGGACGGAGAGGAGCACGUCGGCUUCCUUAAGACAGAUGGGAGUUUUGUGGUUCAUGAUAUACCCUCUGGAUCUUACGUAGUGGAAGUUAUAUCUCCUGCUUACAGGUUUGAUCCCAUUCGAGUGGAUAUUACUUCAAAAGGAAAAAUGAGAGCAAGAUAUGUGAAUUAUAUUAAAACAUCAGAAGUGGUCAGACUGCCCUAUCCUCUUCAAAUGAAAUCUUCAGGCCCACCUUCUUACUUUAUUAAAAGGGAAUCAUGGGGUUGGACAGACUUUCUGAUGAACCCAAUGGUUAUGAUGAUGGUUCUUCCAUUGUUGAUAUUUGUACUUCUGCCCAAAGUGGUCAACACAAGUGAUCCUGACAUGAGACGGGAGAUGGAACAGUCGAUGAAUAUGCUGAAUUCCAACCAUGAACUGCCUGAUGUUUCUGAGUUCAUGACAAGACUCUUCUCUUCAAAAUCAUCUGGCAAGUCUAGCAGCAGCAGCAGUAAAACAGGCAAAAGUGGGGCUGGUAAAAGGAGGUAGUUGGGUAGUCCAGAGCUGGCAUUUGCACAAACAUGGCAACACUGGGUGGCAUUCAAGUCUUGAGGGAAAACCAUGUGAAGCUACUACUGUAAACUUGAGUCAUCCUUAAAGUUGAUCUCCUAUAACUGUUGUGUGUGAUAACUCUUCAGUACAUGUUUUGAACUUGGUACACAAGAAAACCCAGCUUUUAUCCUUGUGUGAGGUCAAUGUUGAUGUCACUGAAUUAAUUACAGUGCCCUAUAGUAAAUGACAUUAAUAAAUUAUAUGAAGUACUAUACAUUAUGUAUAUUAAAAUGUCUUAACCCAGAGAUAAAAUUAUCUUGUCAUUUUUUCCACUUAAUGUUUCUUUUAUUCCUGAAAGUUUUCUUCUGUCUUUCAUUAUCUGAGGCUUGAAGUUGAUCCUUCCUGUUUAAAAAGAAGUGGUUGAUAUUUUUAGAACAGCGUACACCAUGUUCUUUUAGCCAGAUCCUUCAAAAUUCUCAGUUCUGUCCUGCCAUUUAGCAUACCCUGAUGAUUGAAGUAAAACCAUGCGUUCCUGAUGUACUUUCAGAUUUUAUUAUUAUAGUUCGUGUCAGAGUAUGGACAUAUGAAUUAGAAUACAUGUUAUCGAUUUUUAAAUUCUGCUUACCAACUGUGGUAUUCAUUAUUGAGUAUUGACUUUGUGCUGUGAUUGAUUCAAGGUGCCUGCCUCAACAGAUUUACCACGAAGAGAAGAGGCGCAGCUAGUAAUAGGGAGUGAAUGGCCAGGGGAAGGAAACGCAGCAGUAGGAGAGCCUUCUGGAGUCCGAGGAUAGAAAACCACCCUUAGAACUUCAUGUAAUAUUGGUGGUAUAGCACAGGUCGCUUUUCAAUUCCCACAUCUCUCCAUCUCUGAUUCUCAAGAGUUGUUGGAAUAUAAAUUACUAUUUUCCAAUCAGGGGUAUCUCAAAAACUUACUAUUUAAAUAAGUUACAAAAAUUUCACACCUUUUCUUAUGGGUUGUUUUAAUUAAAGAGGAACUCUGAGGCUAUCACAUUGCUUCUAGUAGAGGGCUCCUGUCCUCUCCUGUGUUAAAGACCUCCCCUAUUGCUUUUUUUCAGGUUAUUAAAUCAGCAAAAAACAACAGGAAAGAUUGGUUCCAAACGUUCAUUUUCCCUUUUGUAAUAGGUGCCAUUGUUCAUUUUGAAAUGAGGUACGUAGGUUUUCUUUUAAAGAAUUAAGUCCCAAUUCAGGAUAUUUACAUUAUAUAAAGGAGGAACCAUAUCUCUGUUUGUAUUAUAGCACUAAAGUAACCAAACUGGUUAUUUUAUGAAUGAUUAAUGUGAGAACUAGGUCUUUUAAAUAGGGUAAUUUAUUGAAAAUAAAAUACCAGAAUACUAGUUAAGUGAAAGUUAUAAUUUAAAGUAGAAAGUAUAUAGUAGUAAGAGUCAUAAUUAUAUGACCAGAUUUAUCUUGAAAAAAUUUAAAAAUCAGAUUGUCAGAAUUGUAUAUGAAAUCCCUAAUGACUUAUGACAAUGAAAUUAGAAAGCACUUCCAAGGAAAUUACCAUUUUCAAGUGUUAAUGAAGAAUCUAUGUGUGGUUAUUUUACAUAGAUUCUUACACCAUCUGAAUAUUAUAUAUAUACAUAUAUAUGUAUGUACAUAUAUAUGUAUAUAUAUAUAUCCCUUAUGUUGCGGAAUGUUAUUAUAUCACUUGCAUAUGAAAAUCUUAUCUUUGCAUAGAACCUUCAUCAAAUGCUUAGUGUACUUAUAGGUACAGAAAUGAUUGUAUAUUAUUAGAAAAUAGGGUUUAGUGCGAAGAGCCCCUAUUGACCUGCUAACUUGCUUUGUGGCUUUGGGCAAGCCACUUUCCCUCUUUGGACCAUGUCUUCACUGUAUUUCCAGCACUGAGCAUGUAGACACACAAUAAAUAUUUGUUCAAUGAGUAAAUAAA